AGUAAAAAAUAAAAAUAGUCUAUACUUUCAAUCGUUUUUCAAUCUGUCUACAGAGGCAAGUGGUUACUGUUUACUAUGGCUGAAUCGCCUGAAUCAACUGAACAAGAAACGUUCGAAACCUGCCGCGGCGAUAACCAUUUUGCGUUAAACGAUGGUCAUUUGCACGAUCGCUUAUUUAUCGAAACUACUAUUAACUGUGAUCGCCUUGCGAAUCGUUUGGAAUCAAUGAAUUUCUUACGGGAUGUCGCUUUAAAACUCGGUGCGGAAAAUACUCGUAAACACUUAGUACCAUACCUUACUCAUCUCAUUAUUGCUGAAAAAUUAUCAGGAUUGAAAAAUUUAGCUGAAAUUCUUGGUGAAUUUGAAAAUUAUGUGGGAGGACCAAAAUAUACUCACAUUUUACUGCUUCCUCUAGAAGAAUUAGCUGGUUCUAAACUUAGUGAUGUUAGAAUGGCCGCCAUAAAAUCAUUGCAAACAUUAGCUGAUAUUAUGGAAGUAAUUGAUUUGGAGAACUAUUUUAUACCUUUUAUUGCUAGUUUAACAAUGAAUGAUAGAAGUGCAAAACGUUUGUCUGUUAGUCAUCUUUUCACUUCAGUUUAUAUGCGCGUCAGUCCGAAACAUCAAAGUGACUUGAUUGACUAUCAUUGUUUCUUAAGUUUAGAUUCGUUACCUUCUGUUCGUCAAAAUGCAGCUAAUAAUUUAGUUGAUUUCAGCGAGGUUGUCCACAUGUCAAUUUUUGACAGUAAAUUAACACCACGUUUGGAACAAUUUAGUUUUGACCAAAAUGAGCACGUUAGAAUUUUGGCUUUAUCAACAGCAAUAACAAUUUCAAACAAAUUUGAUAUAUCUUACAAUAAACAGAUAAUUCUUCCUAUUGUGUUGAAUUCAAUAAAUGACCCUUCAUGUAGAGUACGUUCAAUACUCAUCAAGAAUAUUGCAAAGAAUUUGAUAGUACUGCCAGAAGAUCGAUUAAUAUGCUGUUUGAAAGCAUUUAUUAUAAAUGAUUCAUGGAAAAUGCGAAAUACUGGUGCAAUUUAUUUAUAUAUAUUGGCAAUUCAAAAAGGUCUCAAAUUUUUUGAAGAUUAUUUAGAAAAAUCAUUUUUAAUACUAUUAACUGACACGAAACCAACUGUUCAACAAACCGCCAUGGAUGUGUUUAAACUACUAGUUGGUGAAUUUGGAAUGGACUGGGCUCAAACAUAUAUAGUGCCAUACCUUAUAAAACUAUCUUACUCGAGAAAUACCUACAAUAAAAUGGCUUUUUUAUCAUUUGCUAAAGUAUGUGCAACAAUAAUGUGUAUACAAUUUAGAACACUAAACAUUAAUAUAAAAGAGAAUGCAGUGAAAUAAUGAUUUGUUGGAUACUUAAUAAGCCAAUGUUCUAUGAUUAGAUGUUAGCUAUUAAAUAUUCUUUUGAUCUCAAAAACUAACUUAUUUGAUGGGUUCUUAAUAGUAAAGUUACAAAAACCUUGAAUUACUUGAAUUAGAAUUUUUUUGAAAUCUGUGAUCAAUUGAUGUUAAACAAGCUAUUUCCUCAUGUCGUGUACCAUCAAUUUGACGAAAAUCCAAAUGUUCGCUAUGCUUUAGUCAAAACAUUAAAUGUGAUGAUGACCUCAUUUUCUGAGUAUGAUUAUAUUCAUAAUUAAUUCAAUAUUUAUGAAACAUAAUUUUAUUUAGUGUAUUAUUAUACCACAGUAAGGAUGAUAUAUUAAAUGAUAAAAUCAAAACGACCUUAAAAAUAUUAAUCACAGACACAAGCAAUUAUAUUAGUGACCUGGCAAUGGAUACCUGGAAUAAGCACUUUAGUGAGUUAUUAUUCAGUUUUUAUGUAAUUAUUUGUUAUAAAAUUAUUUAAGUGAAUUCAAUUUCUCAGGUACUCAAUAAUAUCACAAAAUAUGAUCAUCAUUUUCAAAAAGUAUCCUCCAUCAUUAUUUUUACUGCAAUAUUCUCUUUUUAA